AUGGUCGCGGCGCUCGCAGGAAGAGCAAGAAGCAUCGGGCGCCACAAGCGCACGGGACGCACGGCGCGUCAAAGCGUGAGCAAGCAGCUGCGCGCCGGAGAUGCAAACCGCGAGUGA